AUGAGCGGUAUACUUAAGAGGAAGUUUGACGAGGUGGAGGCUUCCUCCUCGCCGUGCUCCUCCUUGCAGGAGUCUGAUGACGAGGUCUCCUGCAGCGAGAGCGGAGACAGCAGUGACAGUGUCAACCCUUCAGCCUCGGGCCCCUUCACCCCUGAUUCUAUACUGAAGAGGGAGAAGCGUGUGAGAACAAGGAGGGUACAUUUUGACAAUGUGACGGUGUACUACUUCAGCCGGCGCCAGGGCUUCACCAGUGUGCCCAGUCAGGGGGGCAGUACUCUGGGCAUGUCCAACAGACACAGCGGUGUCAGGCAGUACUCCCUGGGAGAGUUUGCCCUGGAGCAAGAGAGAAUCCACAGAGACAUGCUCCGAGACCAUCUGAAGGAGGAGAAACUCAACUCCAUGAAACUCAAGCUGACUAAGAAUGGUACAGUGGAGUCGGAGGAGGCCAACACGCUCAUGGCAGAGGACAUCUCUGACGAUGACAUUGAUCUGGAAAACACAGAGGUGGACGAGUACUUCUUCCUACAGCCCCUCACCACGAAGAAGCGCCGGGCUCUGCUGCGGACCUCGGGGGUGAAGAAGAUUGACGUGGAGGAGAAGCACGAGCUGCGGGCCAUCCGGGUGUCCAGGGAGGACUGUGGCUGCGACUGCAGAGUGUUCUGUGACCCAGAGACCUGUGCAUGCAGCGUAGCAGGAAUCAAGUGCCAGGUGGACCGCAUGUCUUUUCCCUGUGGCUGUACCAAGGAGGGCUGUAGCAACGCGGCCGGCCGGGUGGAGUUUAACCCCAUCCGCGUGCGGACCCACUUCUUGCACACCAUCAUGAAGCUAGAGCUGGAGAAGAGCCGCGAGCAGCAGCAGGCAUCCCCUGCCAACGGUUACCAUGGCGAAAGCAACGGCUAUGGCAGCCCGCUGGUCCAGACCCAAUACUCUCUGUCAGACCCAACAGUCCAACAGUCUGCCAUCAUGCACCUCCAGACUGCUGACGACAUGGACGAGCCUCUGGGUGAUGAAGAUGAGGAUGAUGAGGAGAAUGAGGAAGAUGACGAGGAUGAAGAGGACAGCAGCAGUUUAUGCAGCGGACUGUCUGACUCCAGCACUCAGAGCUUGGCGAACAGUGACUCUGAGGAAGAGGACGGCGAUGAGGAGGACAAGUCGGAGGACUUUGAGAAUGGAGUCAGCGAGCCGCCUGUCGCCAACACUGAGGUUGCCCCCCUGUCCUCUGUGUUGUGUUACUCUGACGCCACUCUGCCACAGGACAACCAUAUGAAUGGAAACUCUUAUUUAUUCAGCUCCCCAGCAGAUUAUUAUCAGUUGGAGAACCCCAGUGCUGUUGCCUCAGCCAACGGGACGGCCAGCCAACCCAGUGAACCCUAUGGAGAGGUCUUAUCAUUCCCGCACACAGUAAGCACUACUAACGGUGCCAUGCCACAAGGACCAUUUAACAUGGCCGUCGACAUUGCAGAGCAGUACACAGAUUACCCCCGCCAGGCUGAGGAACAGUACGCCAAUCAGCACUUCACCAUGACCAAUGGCACAGCAGCAACCACUGCCAUGGGCUGCUGCACACCUGACCUGGAGAACAACAUGGUCCCGUCUAAAGGAACAUUCCCUGAGCAACCUGGGGGCCUCAGCCAGAUUGAGUUCCACAACAACUACCUGAACAAUAAGAAGUGUUUUGUGGCAGAGCAGCCAAAGGAAGUGUCUAGCGUUAAUUGUCUGUCUGAAGGGCCUUCUUUAGCAGUCAGUACAAAGAUCCCUGCAUUAGCAGAGAAUCUCCCCAAGGUCGCACCAGUUUAG